AUGCCGCCCAUCGCUCGACCCCGCCGCCUCGUCGGCGUCUCGCUGAAGAUGUACUUCGACCUGCCCAGCACGCUCUCCUACAUUCGCGGCGUCUUGCAACUCGACGGCGACGCCUGGAACGCGCGCAUAGAUCUCUUCGUUAUUCCCGACUUCGUCUCCCUCACCGAGUCUGCCCGCAUCCUCGAGCCCUCGUCCAUCAUCCUGGGCGCGCAAGAUACCUUUUGGGAAGACAAGGGCGCAUACACAGGCGAGGUCAGCCCACUGGUGCUGCGCCAGGCAGGAGCAAGGAUAGUAGAGAUUGGCCAUGCUGAGCGCAGAGCCGCAUUCGGCGAGACAGACGAGACGGUCGCGAACAAGGCUGGUGCAGCAGCAAGAAACGGCUUGAUACCACUGGUGUGCAUUGGCGAGAAGACACAUCACAGCGUCGCAUCGGCAGCUGUGGGUGCAGCUAUACAAGAAUGUAAACCUCAGGUCAUGUCAGUGCUGGCUGCAGUACCGGACGACACCGAGGUGAUACUGGCUUACGAGCCUGUGUGGGCCAUUGGCGCAAAGGAGCCCGCUGACCCCGACCAUGUUGUGAAUGUGACAAAAGAGCUUAGGAAGAUGGCUGCUGGUAGGACCGGGACCACGAGGAUUGUCUACGGAGGGAGCGCUGGGCCCGGCACCUUUGCCAAGAUUUCCGAAGGCGUCGACGGCUUGUUCUUGGGUCGGUUUGCGCAUGAUAUCAAGAAUUUGAAGAAGGUCAUUGAAGAGGUGGGCGGGGCUUGA